UCCACCCUAUUCCUCACCACCUUCUCUCUCCCUUGAGGCUUGAGCUAAUGAAGCUUCUCAUUUGCCUGUAUCUCCCUCUCCUCCUCUCUCUCCUCCACCGCGCCACCUCCACCGAGGACCGGCAGUGCUCAAAUCCGGCCGACGUCGAAGAAGUCUGCAAGACUGUCACAGCUAGCAUGGGAACCGACGAUCAUGAGUAUUGUGUGAGGACGCUGAAGUCCGACCCGAGGAGCAAGUCCACUGAUCUUCAUGGCCUUGCGACACUUGCAACAAGGCUCGCCAUCUCCCAUGCCAUGAGCACCGAGUCUAAAAUCGAGGGGCUGAUGGACCUGGAGUCAGAUCCGAAGAUGAAGGAGAGCUAUAACGCUUGUUUGGAUGCCUACAAUGAUGCCAUCGACGAGCUUCGAGAUGCGCUCGAUAACCUGAACUCCAAGCUCUACUUGGGGGGGAUGUCCUUGCUUAAGUCCACCCUCAAAGGGGUUGAAAGCUGCGAGGAAGCAUUCAAGGAUGAGAAGAGCUCACCAUUAAUAAUGGAGGACAAGGACUACCAGAGGUUGGCGAACAUUGCGUUCCACAUUACUGCCUCGGUGGAGUGAUUGUUUUCAUUCUUUGUUUUCUCUUGUUGUUGGUCUUUAUGACUUUGUUUUCAGGAUGGCAAGGAUAAGGCUUAUUUUUGUUAGU